UUUCUCGUCGACGAAGGGGCAAACUGUUCGCGAUGCCUGAGCGGCCUGUUUGAAACACGAAGCGCGCGUUUUCCGUGCGCCCGAACCGUAACAAAAAUCGCGUUGAAAACAAAGAUCUUAAGAAAUGGAAGGAUUGGUAAGGAGCGAAGAGGAGGAGGCCUUCGACUUGUACGGCCCGAAACGUGACAACCUCUUCAUCGUCAUCCCGAUAACAGUGAUCUACGUGAUCAUCCUUCUAUCCGGACUAAUCGGAAACAUCAGCACCUGUGUAGUGAUUUCAAGGAACAAAUCCAUGCAUACCGCCACGAACUAUUACCUCUUCAGUUUAGCCAUUUCGGAUUUACUCCUUCUCGUUUCCGGAUUACCGCCGGAGAUUUACUCGAUGUGGUCCAGGUAUCCGUACAUCUUCGGAAACACCUUUUGCAUCCUGCGAGGACUCUUCGCUGAGACUUCAGCUAACGCCACUGUCCUCACGAUCACCGCUUUCACCGUGGAACGAUACGUGGCGAUAUGCCAUCCGUUUCUUUCGCACACCAUGUCGAAACUGUCCAGAGUCAUCAAGAUAAUCCUGCUGAUCUGGUGCAUAGCCGUAGGCUUCGCCAUCCCGCAAGCCAUCCAGUUCGAAGUAUCCGAAGACAUCGAAGGUAACUCUCACACAUCCAUGUGCCACAUCCUCAGCCCCCUCAUGGAGUACUCCUUCGACAUCUCCACCCUCGUCUUCUUCGUCAUCCCCAUGACCUUAAUCACCGUUCUCUACGCUAUGAUCGGCCUCAAACUGAAAUCCUCGACGAUGGUCAGCAACCAGAUUUCUUUGGCAGGAGUUAAUAAACUGCAGGCGCAAUCAUCUCGCAGAGUCCUCAAAAUGCUUG